GACGCCGAUCAAGAAGAGCAAAAAAGCGCAACCAAAUUUAAAAACUUUAAAUAAAGACUGAUAAGUUUACAAAUCAGGUGUGGGGUUUGCCCAAAUGUUGCGCAAUGUUAUCAUACAGUGAGGUUGUUAAGAUGUCCAAAGACGAGCUGCUGGAGCUCCUUUCCGAGAAGGGCAUCAUGUUCGGGACUGAUGCAACAAUUUACCAACUCCGUGCUGCGUUAAACCGUGCAAGGAAUCUGGAGGCUAACAUCGAGGACGCCGAGGACACAGAGAUCCAGGGUCAAGAUGAGGAGCAGGAUUCCCCGAGCACACCGAAGCUUGCAAACCGCAUGCUAACGCUGAUCGAAGACCGUGACAAAUUGCAAAUGGCCGACGCUGUGGCGCCGUUAUUGGAACCUUCUGGAAGUUCGCAGCAAACCGUUAUGAACAUGUCGAGGCAAGAACAGAUUGAGCAGAACAUUCGCUCAAUGGCUCGCGAAACGUCGGAAAUCAAUCAGAUGAUGGAACUGUACACCGCUAGAAAGAAGCUAGCCGAACUCAAAUUGAUAGUCGCCGAAUUGGAAGGCAUGACUACAGCGAAUGCUUCCAUACAUCAAGUCGAUCUGAAGGAUGUGGAGGCCAUGAUCCCGGAGUUUUCAGGAGACGACAACCUGUCGGUCCAGGUUUGGAUCCGUGAAUUGGAAAAAGCUGCCGAGGUUCAUAAACUAAGCGUUACACAAUGCCUAUCUAUUGGCACCCGUCUUCUCCGAGGAUCAGCUAAGCAAUACAUGCUGUACGAAAAGGUGUCUUCCUGUCCAGAAAUGAGCGCCACGCUCACCCAAGUUUUUGGAAACAGAAUGUCAAACCAGGAAAUUGCGAAACAACUGCAAAAACGCACAAUUGGGAAGUCCGAGACCUUGAUGCAGUAUUUCAUAACAAUGCGUAAUAUCGCCCAGCAAGGCAACUUUGAUGAAGUAGACGUCGUGAAGUACAUCGUCGAUGGACUAGAGGAACACAGUGGACGCGCUGCUCCACUCUACUAUUGUAUCACGUUGGAUGAGCUACGUCAAAAGUUAAUGCGAUUCCAGUCUGUACGUCUGGAGUCCAAUCGUAAAGCCGUCACCAUGAUCCCUCGCCCAGGAGCCGUAAUUCCAAAAGACACUAGAUGCUACAACUGCCGACAAAUGGGGCACACCGCCAAAGAUUACAAGAAGCCGAAAAGACCGGACAACGGAUGCUUCAUCUGUUUUGAAGUGGGCCAUAUGCACCGUCAGUGUCCCAAGCGCACCGUGGGCUUUACCUUGCCAGAAGCUGAAGAAACCAUGGAUGAAAAGCCGUUUAUUCAGUUAAUACCGGAAGCCCAAUAAGCUUUUUGGGAAAGUCAUACUAUCCAUAUUUAAAUAAAGAUCAUCAGCUAAA